CUUAAAUCAACCCUCCCAAGGUACAUAGGCAGUGCAGGGAAAGAGAUAAAAGAAAAAGAAACUUUCUUGCAACUUGUAGUAUCGUGUAUUUUUUCUCUGAGGAUAAGUGGAAACGUAAGUCAUUGUCAGAGCCGCCCCGCUGUAUUCAUUAUCAAGAAUAAAGGCAAAGAUAAAAGCGGGAGGAAGGAGAAGAAGCCCACUUUCUUUUUUUCUAGUUCACUUUGUGUUUAUUUUUUGUUUGGUGGAUUAGGUUUCUCAGAAGUGUUUAGAAUCCAUAAACAGACAAAACCCAGUUGCUAUUUAUCCUCUUUUACAAGGGUCUUUAUACUCUGUGACAUGGAGAUGAUGCAUUAUCAGUUGGCCAAGUCUUCUUACCAGGAAUCGCUCAAAGUUUUGGAAGCCGAUAUACAGUAUGCAAAUGAUCUGGCUGCUUCAAUUCCAAGGGGGAAGGCUGGUGCACGACUUCAAAUGAAAUUGGUUUACAAUCACUUUGCUCCCCUCUUUUGGUUUUUAUUACAAUGGAUGAAUUCUUCCUGCAUAUGUCUACCACCCAGAUAUCUAAACUUCGUCAACAUACUUGUAUAUAAGGUAUAUGCUGAUGGUCAAUCUAGACUAUCUUCACACGGAAGAAAGGCAACAAUUAGGGAAUUCUAUGGCAUUAUAUUACCAUCUCUUCAACGGCUCCAUGGUAGUUUGGGUGAAUUUGAUGACAACAAGGAAAGGCAUACUGACAUUUUGAGUUUUGAUAGAAGAAGAGUGGAAGGAGAUAGCCGUUUUGCGAAAGUUGAUUUGGAGAGAGAAGACGAAUGUGGGAUCUGCUUAGAGCCCUGUACAAAAAUGGUGUUGCCUAAUUGUUGUCAUGCAAUGUGCAUAAAAUGCUACCGCAAUUGGAACACAAAGUCUGAGUCAUGUCCUUUUUGUCGUGGUAGUUUAAAGAGAGUUAACUCAGAAGACUUAUGGGUGCUUACUUGUGAUGAUGAUGUGAUUGAUCCUGAAACAGUUUCCAAAGAAGACUUGUUGCGGUUCUACCUCUAUAUCAAUAGCUUGCCAAAAUAUUACCCAGAUGCACUCUUUUUAGUUUAUUAUGAACAAACACCUAAUCUGAGGAAUGCAUGUGAAGAAUGAUGUACAGAUAGAAAGGCCGACAUGUAAAUGUAAAUAGAGUCGGCUGAGGAAAAUUAUGUCAUUUUUACUCAAAAAGACCACCCAUAUUUGAACAUUAUGGAGAUUGGGGUGUGGUAUCCCCAUUAUUGUUGUCAAAGUUCUAUUUCAAAGCUGGAAAGCACAUUUUCCUUGCAAACAUGUUGAUAUUCCACGGAGAAAAACUUCAAAAUAUGUUAGUUAAUAGCUUAAAAUCUUCUACUCUUUCUGAA